GCUAGAAUCCUAACAUUGAGUAUAUUUGCAAUAGGAGUCAUAACAGUAGGUUAACAUGAAGCUGUAUGCCUUGAGGGACUCACGUAACACCAAUGGAGCAUUGUAGCAUAAGAUAGAUGAAAUUGCACGCAAUGUAAAAGUGAUAGGCAUGAGAUAUAUUUUAAUGGAACAGCUUCUUCAUGGAAAGAAUUGUGAGAUAUGAUUCCUGGAAUAUGUGGAUGGUAUUAUAUAUAGGCAUAUGAUAUCUACAAUGGUUCAAUAUGGUUGUGAAUCGUUUGUCUAAUAAAUACCAGAGACCACAAUGCUCACCAGAGCAGAGCAGUGCUACUUCUAAAUUAGAUAAACACAAGGAAUUUCAAGAAGAUGUAAAGGAAGUGUCCCAGCGUUACGAUAAGCAUUUUCAAGGGAAAAGACACAAAAAUGGACACAAAAAGAAAGUGUCUGUCGGGACGCAAUACCCUAGUGUUGGCAUAUUAAAUGUCAAGAGUAAGCGAGCUAACCUAGAAAGCAUAUGCCGAUAUCAAGCGUUUAGAAAGUGGGCUCAUUCAUAUCAUGGAAGCGUUUCCAAGACCAUUGGUGAGGAAAUCGCCAAUGCAUAUUAUACCAAAUCACGCUAUGGUAUGACCUUGAAAGCGUUCAGUGCAGCCGUAUUACAUAAACGCAUUGUCGAAGCAAAAAGCAAGGCUGAGGCUUUUGCAUUGAGAACUUUAUUGACUCGCUGGAAGGAGAUUGCAGAAAACAGCGCCCAGACACGAUGCGAUACUGGCUACGUAACCAUAUUCUAUCAAUCCUCACUUGCUUCCCGAGUUUUCAAAGCCUUCAAGCUAAAUCUCAAUAAUAGGAAAAACCAAAACCAGCAUUUGCAUAGAUUUGUGGAACUUUUAGAAAAGACACUCGUUGUUAAUGGACUGAAUCCACUGAGAGAAUUCGCAAACCAACAAAACAAAAUGGAUUCAUGCGAAUCCGAAAUCGCAUCAAAUCGUAUAAUCCACCUCAAAGGAAUAGUGUUUAACGUAAUACGCUGCACUUAUAGAUAUAGGAAGGCCUCAGAUAUGCUUGGGACAACAUACCGAUGCAUGCUGUUACGGAUAGGAUGGGAAAGAAUCAAUGGACAGCAUGUACUAAACGUAGAAAAGGAAAAUUCAAUACGUGAAGUAAUCUCACGCGAUGUUGCAUUGAAGGCAUUAUUCAGCUGGUUCUCAGCAACAAAGGAAAAGCAGGCGUCCGUUUAUCGUUCAUUCAUCCUUAAGUAUAAGACAUUCUGCGCACUAAAGCGCAAUGUUGAACAUCAGUCGGACAGCGGCUCAGAUUCACCUAUUUUCGAUGACAACGAACCAGAUGUACCGUCGAAGCAUCCAUCCAAAAUUCGCUCUAUAUUAGCUCACAAACGAGGAAUAAUAAAUUCAACAGGUAGAAUCUGCAAAGUUUUACAAAAUGGAUAUAAACGCUUGUUUAUUGAUGCACUACGAAAUAACUCAAUAAUGGUCGCGAAGGAAUUAGAACGUGGGCAUUACGCAACCGAUGUUAACAAUCAGAUGCUAGCUAAAAGGGUGUUCCGCUCAUGGUUUAUAUACAUUAAUAUGCGACGCAAAAGGACUGAUAUGAAAAUAAUGGCAGAUCAAAAUUAUAAAGCAUUUUUACUCUCCAUGUCCUAUGAACUUAUUCGCAAGGCAUAUAUCGCAAGAGUUAAGAGUUUCAAUGACGCGCUCUUAAAUUUUAAAAAGAAUCAGAACGCAAGAGCUUUAUGGACACAUUUUACAGCAUUCCGUACCGCUGUUUCACGAGUAAGCCACUUGAAGCAAAAACAAGAGGAAAUACAGAAUAUGUGUUACGCAACAGUAAAGAUGUCAGUACUGAAUUAUAUUGAAAGUGUAAUGCGGAAAAAACUAUCCAUCAAACUACAACAAGUUGCGAAACUGGGAAGCGUAUAUCCUAAGAUGGAUGAAAAUAUUUUUUCCACAUUAGUAUACCAUUACCAAAAAUUGAUGUAUUACGAUUAUCCAGAAAACACCAGUAUGUUCAAAGCUUUUAGAAACAAAACAUUGAUGGAAAACUUGAUGAUGGUUAUCACAAAACCUCUGCGCAGUGAAUGCGUCAUUUUUAUGCAUUUUCUAUCCGGCAGAAAGACACGAGCUUUUGAGCUAAGCAAAGACUGGGGGCUUUAUCAUGAUGAUUUAGUAGUGCAGGUUUGCCGUUUACUGAAACCUGCGGAUGUGUCGGAACUUCAAUCAACGUACGCAAAUCAGGUAUACACCAUCGUUGAACAAGGUAUACCACAACUUAAGCUUGGAUAUUCAAAGUUACCAAAUGGCAACUUCAUGGCCCAUGAAGUUAACAAGGACAAUGACGGAUUGCAAGAUAGGACCGAUGACUUAAUUGAGGAACGAGAAUAUGAUAGCGAGAAUUCCACUGAUGACACGACUGUAGAUUCCCAUAACGACAAAUACUUGGUUCCACCAAUGAAUGAAUCUUACCCGGAUAUUCCCAAGUGGGCAAUAGAACUAUUGCAAAAGUUAAUGUAUGCCACUGUGUUUGGACACGUAUCCCUAAAAUCGCAACGAUUUGUUAACACUGGACGAUGUACCGCAUUUGAAUUGCUAUUGUCCGGGAUGCCCAUAUGGCGUUUGAUAAAUGGUACAAUUAUCAAGAACCGAUGUGCAUUGGCAUUCAAGUAUUGGAUGAAGUCAUGUACAGAAAGUGCCUUGAAACGUGGACAGUUGAUAGAGAAGUAUGAUGCUAUAUCACUAUGGGCCAAUAUUGCAAAGCGGAAGAAAUGGUUCAGUUUUUGGCUAGAAGUAACCAGAAUAUCACGUACAAACAGGAUUGUAGAAAAACUACAAAAAUGCAUCCAGUUCGUUACCAUACUUAAUGACUUCGUCGUUAGGUCAUUGAGAAUAGUGUUCAUGAGAAUGCACUUGAAGUGUAUUUUAGCAAUAGCGGAUAAGAAAGAACGUAUGCAUUAUAUUCGGAUUGUGCCCAAAGCUGUUUCUGUCGCAUGUAGAGAGGUCGAUGCAUUGUCUGAGAUCGAAGCAAUACGAACAUACUUUGUUAUUGACACCCAAUUCCGCAAUUGGAGAAUGCACACACAGUGGCACAUUGAAGUAACCAGACACGCAGAUAAGUUUUACCGAGGGUUGUUCCUCCAGAAGGCAUGGGAUGCCAUUGAAGCAACUUACAUAAGACGCAAAAAUGAAAAGGAGGCUCUAGCGCUUUCAAUGGAGACCGAAUUAACCAUGUUACGUAAAGAUUCGUUAAUAGGGUCGUGGCAUAAGGCAACACGCUGCAGGCUAGCAGUGAUGGCUCUGAAACCCACAAGGGAAGACUUGCUUAGGUCAUGCUUCAUAUAUUGGUACUCAUAUGCGAAGAAUGAAGUAAGGCUGGCCAAUAUAUUUGAUGUUAUACGACAGGAACGCAAUGAACAUGCUCUAUAUACUGUAUUCACUACUAUGCAAAUUCUAUUAAAUAGGUCACGUGCCAUUCAAGAAUUCCAAAAGCGUAUGACUCAUACCAGCUCAAUGCAGAAUAAAGAACAUGUAUUCACAGGGUGGUACGAGUUUUGUAAACGGAUGAAAAACCUACAUUCUAUUGGCGCUGUGAUCAAACAACAACGAGAUGGUGUAAUCAAGGAACAAAUUUUCACCACCAUUUAUCAAAUCACAAAGCUGAAACUCAUUAGCGUGCACAACGUAAAAGACAAGACUUUCCGAACUAUGAUUGUCACGGCAUUUAGUUCAAAACUAUCUAGGAUAUUGGACAACUAUUGGAAUAGGACAAAACAGACGGAGUGCAGGCACUUCUUCGAAAUUCAACGUGCGAUGAAAAAAGUUGAAAUAAAUUGCGCUGAAAUGAUUGUUAACCGAAAUGAUGUCUACAUGGCUUUGGCAUCGUUGUCCAAGAUUAGACACACUCGUGUAUCUAUAGGACUAAAUGCAUUGCAAAUAAACGCGGAACUGAAUACCAAAUUCAAAAUAGUACUGCAAAAUCAUAAUCGGAUCGUGAAAAUGAAUCUAUUCAGAUAUUGGAAACGCUGCGCAUACUUUGGGAAACGUGCAGCUAUGGCAAACCUGCAAAAUGCCUCAAGGGUCAAUGCGGUACCCAUGUCUGCUGAAGACGGAAACGAUGAGUCUCAGCCUGUUGACCUAGAUCUUUGGAAUGAAGAUAGAAUGGAUAUUUAUUGUUUGCUGUUAACGUGUUUUAAACACUGGCGUAAUACAACGCUCAUGUUGCCAGACGUUGAUGCUAAUGGUGUCAUCGAGCAAUUCCAAAAUUAUUACAGAAUGAAAGAAGGUAUAGAUCUGCUGAAUAUACAUGUACUAACAAAUUUGUGGCGCAGAACGUGUAAAAAUCGCAUUAAAAUAUUCAAGGACAGGAUGGAAGAUAAAUGCAAACUCAUGGUGUUCCAUCAUUGGAAAAGUAUCGCAAAUCACAAUGCAGUUUUGAGAACGUAUGAAGGAUAACACAUUGCCGGCAGUUCCAUACAUGUUAGUCAUACACGUUACGUAAUAUAUGGGCACAACUGCUAAUAUG